UCAAACAAAACAUUCACAACAGUGAGAAUAACAAAGAAUUUGUCUUAUACGAAAAAGAUUAGUUAAAUUGUCGUCUUAAAUACUCCUUAUGUAUGUAUUCGAGUACAAAUAAAUAAAUUAGAUACCUAUUGGUUCGAAUAACGAAGAUGUCGCCUCGUAGGCAGCCCUGUAGUUUAUACAAAUUGUGUGUAAAAAGUUGUAUUUGUUUGAUAAAUUCAGCUUGUUAUGUUAUUGAAAAGAGUUGUCCCGAGCCUUCGUUUCGAGAAUGCGAGAGACAAGCGUUUGAACUUAAGUCGUAUCUAUCAUCGAUGCUACCAGUCAGGUUAUUUGAUGUCCUCUGUUCAGAACGAACAUGCUGCCAAUACCCCGGCGACCCCCGUGUCCAGCUCCAUGUCUUAACACACCCAAACAUGUCAGUUUUUCGCAAAUGCGACCUCGAUAAUGGAUUCCCUCAGCUAUUCUGGAUAGAAACUCUUGCAAACCUUCAACGUUUAGUUGUACUCGACCUAAAAUUCAUUUGCACCGAUGAAAUACUUCAUGUCAUUGGCUUAAAUUGCCUGUUACUCGAAGAAUUAAACAUAGUAUCCAGAGUUGAUAUUCGUAGGUCCCUUUUCAAUGCCUCAAUGUUGAUAAGGAAUGUUUCAGAUGCUGGUCUUUGCGCAAUCUCUAAUUUAAAACACUUACGUGUUCUAGCGAUGGAUCCACCAAGAAAUGAAAGGGCAAAUAGAGUUGGUCGUUGUGUUUCUCAGGCGGGUAUUAUUAUGUUAGUUGCCAAGCUUCCUUAUUUAGAAGAGUUACGAAUUGAAUCUUGUGAUAUUGGAUCAACUUUGAUCGCAUCUCCCAUGGAUAUUGGUCCUUUAAGUCUUCGUAAAAUUAACUGCCAUUUUGCUUCUGCAGAUGGUAUCAAGAGGUUGAUUAAAAUUUGUCCAUUUCUUAAAGAGUUUUCUGUCACACACGUUUCUGAACACAACAAAGAAGCGAUAAUAGAACAAAUUGCAGCAAGUGAUUUAAGACUGAAUAAAUUAGAUCUUUCCUUCUUCUCUUACACAGAUACUAUGCAACAACUAUUAGCAGUUAAGGGUAGGUAUUUAACACACUUCUCCCUAUGGGAAAUUGAGAAUCUUUUAACUCUAGACGCAGUUUUAGCUAUUGGCAACUAUUGUCCUCACCUCAACUCAUUGUGUUUGAUGACUCAGUCAAGGCAUUUCGUAAUACCGAGACAUUUUCGACGACCUAAGGGCUUGUUUUCUCAACUCAAAACUUUGACAAUAGGCAACGAGAACUUCGACAUCAAUCGAACUCUCACAUUCUUUCUGGAAUGUUCACAGGAUCUUGAACGAUUGAUGAUAAAAUACCAAUCAAAUACUAAAAUCGAUGAGACUUUAGUGAAUUUAUUAGAGAAGGGUAGUUUGCAGAAUAUUAAUUAUCUGUGGUUGGAUUGCACUCUGGAAGUUUCUAAGGAUGUUAUCAAGAAGAUUAUAAAGAGUUGUGACAAACUACAAACAUUCACAGUUGAUUUUACGGGAGAUACGAGUGACAUACACAAGUUUAUCAUAGAUAAUAAUUUAGAUCUUAGGUUAGGAAGUUACUAAUUUAUCAUUUUUAAAUAUUUAAGUAUGUUAAGUUCUACCUAGUGUAUGUAUUAUUUACGAAUAAAUAUUUUAUUCCAUUU